AUGGCGGAAAUUGGGUUUCCUCUCCUCUGUAUUCUUUUCACUUUAUCACUCCCAUCCAUUCUUUCUCGCAGCCACUUACCCACUUCCACCGGAGAAACUUCGGAGCUCGAUGUAUCUGCUUCCAUUCAGAAAACCCUCGAUGUCCUCUCAUUCACUCCUCGCCCUUCACAGUCGCUAAUGGCCUCGUCUUUUGACUCCUCAUCGUCUUCUUCGCUUCUCAGUCUGCAACUGCAUUCUCGAGUCUCUGUUCACAAAUCCUCACACCAAGAUUACGAGUCAGUUAUGUUAGCUAGACUCGCUCGUGACUCAUCACGAGUGGAAUCCCUUCAAACCAGGGUAGAUCUAGCCGUUAAUGGCGUCAGGAAAGCGGAUCUUAAGCCGGUAGACACUGAGCUUGCAGCUGAGGACUUGGAAGUUCCGGUAAUUUCAGGUACGAGUCAGGGAAGCGGAGAAUACUUCUGCCGAGUGGGAAUCGGUCGUCCGGCGAGUCAGGUUUAUAUGGUACUCGAUACCGGUAGCGACGUCAACUGGGUACAGUGCGCACCCUGCGGCGAUUGCUACCAGCAAGCCGACCCCAUUUUUGAGCCGGCGUCGUCUUCCUCCUACUCUCCGCUCACCUGCGACGCUCACCAAUGCAAGUCUCUCGACGUUUCAGAGUGCAGAAACGGCACCUGCUUGUACGAAGUAUCCUAUGGCGACGGGUCAUACACCGUCGGAGAUUUCGUGACGGAGACGGUGACUCUUGAGGGAUCCACCGCCGUUCAAAAUAUAGCUAUCGGCUGUGGACAUAAUAACGAGGGAUUGUUCGUCGGAGCAGCCGGAUUAAUCGGUCUCGGCGGCGGAGCGUUGUCGUUUCCUUCACAGAUAAACGCGACUUCCUACUCCUACUGCCUGGUGGAUCGUGACUCCGACUCGGCAUCAACUCUGGACUUCAACUCACCGACCCCCCACGACGCCAUUACAGCACCGUUAUUGCGAAGCACCAAGCUCGACACGUUUUACUACGUCGGUUUAAGAGGUCUCAGCGUCGCCGGCCAACUGUUACAUAUCCCGUCGUCGACAUUUAAGCUAACAACCGACGGUAAUGCCGGUGUUAUAGUUGACUCCGGUACGGCGGUGACUCGGUUGCAGACGGAGGCAUACAAUGCGCUACGGGACGCGUUCGUAAAGGGCACGAAGGGGUUGCCGUCGGCGAACGGAGUGGCGCUGUUCGAUACUUGCUACGACUUGUCAGAGAAGAAGAGCGUAGAGGUGCCAACGGUGGCUUUUCAUUUCUCCAACGGGAAGAAACUGGAUUUACCGGCUAAAAAUUACCUGAUACCGGUUGACUCGUCAGGAACGUUUUGUUUUGCCUUCGCUCCGACGUCGUCUUCGUUGUCGAUUAUAGGGAACGUACAACAACAAGGGACACGUGUCAGUUAUGACCUAGAAAACUCCCUCAUUGGAUUCUCCCCUAAUAAAUGCUAA